UAGACGUCUUUAUGUUAAUUCAAUAUUUUUUUUUGUUGCAGGGCCCUUUGAAUUGUGCGUAAUAAAUAUAAUAUAUAACCCGGACGAACUGAAUAUUUUUAUUAUCGAUUUUUGUAGUGACAUUACCUGAACAACAGCAUUCCUCACCCGCUGUUAACGAUGUUGACGAUGACAGGUCCGUCAAAAGCAAACGCAUGAGCGGGUUCCUCCCACACAAACGCCAAAGUAUUGGGUCGCUUCGAAAACGCCAGAGCAGUAGCAACAACCAAGUUUGCCACGAACCUCCUGCCGUGCCUGAUAAUACAGUACUCCAUGUCGCUGGGCAACAACAACGUCACCAGCACCAGCAGCAGCAGCAAGUGUUGUCAUCGCAACAAUCACCACCGUCAUUGACAGACGCUUCUGCGGCGACUGUGGCACUUUCGGCCAAAGAGCAUCAUCAUCAUGUGAUACCCACCACACUGGGACAAGCACCGCACGACCUCGGAUCGACGGCUGCUGCCACUACGAGUCCCGCCCCUUUGGUUGCUGAUGCUAAUGCUACUACUACUACUACUCCCGACGAACUACUAGAUGACAAAAAGCAGCGGGGAGAGAGCGAGCAGGUCGCCACACCCACAGCAGCAGUCGAAACAAAUUCCGUUGUUUCUCGGUUCAAAUCGCCUGAUUCACGAUCAACCCGUCCUCGAUACAACUCGAACACAACCAAACCAUCUUCUGCUAGUCGACUAGCAGCACCAUCGACGAUCCCGAAAAAGUCGUCGUCUUCGAUGAUCAGCAGCAGCAGUAGUAGUAGUGGUGGUGGCAGUGCAAAAGCACUUGCGCAUGUCUCGUCGACAGAUCGAUUGCCACGUCCUACACCGAACAAAAGCACUCAAUCGACGCAUUCUUCGUCGUCGGGAUCGUCAUCUUUGAGCCCAACUUCGUCCCCAAGCUCCUCUUCACGCACUACCAACAACAACAACAACAACAACACUAGAAAUAACAACAAUGUAACAUCACCAUCACCAUCAUCAUCAUCAAAAGCAGCAGUAGGCUCGAGGCUCCGUAAGCCAUCACAAAUUCCGGGCAAAUCUACAUUACCACAACUGCGCAGUAGUGGCCAAGAAACGAGUCCAUCAAAGGCAAACAAGAACGACAGCAACACACCACUUGCUGUCAAGAAGAAGAAAAGCACAACUAGCAUUGCAAGCAAAGAUGCUACUGCUACCAUGGGCAUCAAAAGCACAACAGAGCUCGAUAAAUCAUCAUCAUCAGACCCUGCGCUUGUCAUCAAACAGUUACGAGAAGAAUUGGAAAAAGAGCGCUCUGUCGUCAAGGUUUUACAGGGCCAGAAAGAAGAUCUCGACUAUUUUAGCCAAAUGAUGGAUGAUCUGAUGGAAGAAAAAGAAUUAUUGCAACAAAAGUACGAUGAAGAGAAGGAAAAUAACAAGCAUAGAGAAGAAGAUCUCAACGAAUUACUGAAUAAGCUAAGGUCAAGCAAUGACAAUGCCAGAGAUCGAUCCUUUGAGGCUGAUCAAUGGAAAACGGAUCUAGAGAAAAUUCAAAAUGAAACCCGCGAAGAACAAGAAGGCUUGAGAACCCAGUUGAAGAGUAAAAAUAAGGAAAUUCAACGAUUAAAAUCUGAACUUUCCCAAGCGAAUGAUCAGAUCCAAACUCUAAAGACAACGAUGGAUCAACUUGUUAAAAAGUCACAAUAUACUGGAUCAAAAGACAGUAGCGACCAUCAUCACAGUAUCAACAACUCGCCACAACCCAUCGAGACGCCUACUGCCUCACCUAAUAUUCAACAUGCAAACAUACCAAAGGAGUAUGCUGUACAAGAUAAUAACAACAACGUCCCUCAGUCGCCCAUUCCAAGCUCGCAUCAUCAUCAUCAUCACCAUUUCAAUAACUCAUCUAUGCCACCUAGUCCAACAAGAACAAGUACCCAAUCCGGCUCUAUCCCAAUCAAUAACAAUCUGUAUGAUGAUGAUUAUGAAAACACGCCACAUUCAUCCUUUAAUAGUGAAGCAGCACCGCAUACAUCGAAAGAUGACUUGGAUCGUCAAUUGCUGAAGUUGACAAAAGAAAAGGAAAAGCUUCAAUCUGAUUACAGCAAGAUCCCCAUUUCUGGUGGCGGCCCCAUGUCGCGUAGAAGAAAGGAGGAGCUAGAAGACAUGCUCGAUGAAGUCGAUUCACAACUUAGCAAGGUUAAGCAAAAGAUCAGACGCUCGUAAAAAAGAGGGCAUAACCACCCAGCACACAUCAUACCACCACCCACACUCGUUCAUUCUGAUUUACUUUUAUGCAAAAACAGGACCUUUAUAAAAGUUUUUCUCAUCUCUUUUACAUUUAACACAAACACACACACACACACAUACACUCGUUGUCAGAUUA